UUAACUUCACGUGGCGGCUACUACUAUGUGUCACGUGACAUUGUUUUGCCUGCGCGGGGCUUGUUCCUGUCUCUCUUUCUGUGGAGUAAAGGUGAAAUGGCUAGAAACGAGGAGAAGCAGCAGGGGAGACUGAACAGACUGUGGCUUCAGAAGGAGAGAGAGGAGGGACGGCUCAAAGACAUACAUGAGCGGAGACCCAAGCUGUCUACUCUUAAUUCAACUUCCUCUGUGAAAAAGUGGAUCCCCAGCAUCAAGAAUGAAAUUGAGUAUUACUUGCAGCAGUCGCAGCUGUCUCAUUACCCAGAGAGGAAGAUCGCAGAGUUCCAGCUACACAUUGAGGCUUUAGAGAGAGAGUACAAAAGCUUCAUCGCCAAACUACGAGUCCUCGACCCCUCCUGUAAACAUAACCCAUGGACUCCUCGGGCAUACUGCAAGAGGAGAGCAGACACACAAGAGUCUCCAAGUAUCGCGAAAAACCCUCGGCCCUAUGAGUCGCCUGAUAGUAGCAGUCAGUGCAGAGAUGGUGAAAGUGAGUGGGCCUGCAGUUGGACAGGAUGUCGCAAAACCUCAGAGAGACCUCUCAGCAUUUCACAGACCAGGUUUCAAAGCCCCUUCCCCCACAUCUCAGGAACCUCAGAGAGAGUCUGUACAGACCAGGACCAGCCCCUCUCCUUCGAUCAUACAAGGCUGGCGGUGGCCGCUGCUGCGUUCAGGGGGCCGUCCACUCAGACAGGGUCCUCUCAAACACAGAGCCUAGCCAGGGUGCUGCAGUCUGGCCUGCCAAACCUCGUUAACGCUUCAUUAAGGAAAACAUUUUCAACCCAGAGCACAGACACAGAGAAGGAUGACAAGGCAGCAAUGGGAUGUGUCGUUGGACAGAAAAGCCCCGCCCAAGACCGCAAGUCAGACUGUAAAGCAGCAGAGAGGAUACCUGGGAAAUCAUUCAACACUGGGACAACAGAGGGGAGGACGGGUCAUGUCCUGGGACUAGACUGUUAUUCUUCUUCUGAUGAGGAGUGUGACACAUGAUGAGGUGGUCCAGAUUUGAAGAGGCACUGUGACACCCCAGAAUGAAAGAAGAAAUUGCGUUGUGAAACAUUAAAAAGUAUCUUAGUGGGCCACAUGUCAGGUUGUAUAGAGUCAUCUCAAAAGCUGCAGGUGACUGUAUUUGUUAUUACUCAGUCUUUUCCUUUUGUGGAAUUUGUGAAAAGGUCUCUCACUGUGGAUGACAUGAUGGUGGUGAGUGAGGUUGGGUCAGCUGAAACCUCUUCCUUUAGACAUAGCUGCAGUUUUGUAAGGUGUGUAGUCCACAGUGCAAAGACAAUGUUGAACUUUAAAAAAAAGCCAAAGUGUAAUAAAGUUCUGUAGUUAUAAAUAAAUGCCAUGCAGCAGUGCAGAUCAGAAGAGAGUGAUAGAUGGAUGGGUAGAUAGUUUCUUGUGUGAGUUUAUGAUAAGUAACUUGUCUGCAGUCCACGGUAUGAUGUGGGAGGAACCUGUGGGUGGUUAGUCUUGACAGCUGAAGCUUGGUUUUUUAAGUCAGAGGUACAAAAAGUAGACACCUCCUUCGUGCAGAGGCAACAGAUGCACAAACCAUUUGUCUCACGGCAGGACCUGCACCAUGAGCUGUGACCAGAGCUACCCGUUCCCACAGGUGUUCCUUGUGGAUGGAGGCGGAGGUCCACAGCAC